CGGUUAUUAUACAAAAGUGUAAAACAAACUUUUGAUUAGAGCGUUGUGCUCGGGUGGGUGUGAAACUUUUCUGACGGUUGGUGUGCCCCUGAUAGCAGUCUCUCUCAUAAACGGCAGCACAGCUGGUUGGUUGUUUUGGCUGAAAAGUGCUUCCACACAAAGGUGCAGGACCACCAACCACUCAUACAGGCCUGCUAUACAAAUCUGUACUGUACUGCCUCAGGAGGGAUGUCCUCAGACAACCACAAACAGUAAACUAUGGCAGCGUUGUUGUUGAAGGUUUCGAUCUCUUUGCUGAUUCCUCUGGCCUCGUAUGGACAUCAUCCAUGUCUGAGGAAAUGCAUAGCCGGCCACUCAAUGCAGUGUCAUUACAACUUCACGAUUGAAUGGUACCACACAUUGUCUAAGGCGUGCUAUGACUGUCCCUUUAACAUCACUGACUGCUAUCGGCCGGAGUGCAUAGCUGCUGACGGCAAGAGACGAGCGGUAAUUGCAAUCAACCGACAAGUGCCUGGUCCGUCUGUUCAUGUGUGUGAGGGAGAUGAAGUGAUAGUCUCUGUACAGAACAUGCUAGAGGAUGGCCUAGCCACCACCAUACACUGGCAUGGGCAGCACAUGUUGGGCACACCUUACAUGGACGGAGUUGGCCAAGUGACCCAGUGUCACAUACAGCACCAAGAAACUUUCGUGUAUCAUUUCAUGGCUUCACCAGCUGGAACUCACUGGUACCAUGCCCACACUGGCAUGCAGACGGCUGAUGGCUUAUUUGGACCACUCAUCGUUCACCAGCCUGCAGGUGCUGACCCCAGUGACAAUCUUUAUGACCAGGACCUUCCGGAGCAUGUGUUUACUGUCUACGACUGGUCCUCAGAACUGAGCAUGGCUACCUACAUGAGUGUGAUGCACGAUGUUUUUGAUGUCACGCUUCCACGUAGCAUUCUGGUCAAUGGACGAGGCCAGGGGUACAAUGUCACUGACAAGUAUGGUAUAAUCAAGACAAACCUCACACACGCUCAGACCCCAUUAGAGGUUGUGCAUGUACAGAAAGGAAGCCGCUAUCGUCUCCGCUUCAUUGGAGCAUCCUCAGUGUGCCCACUUCAGGUGUCCAUUGACAAUCAUCAACUUAUAGUUAUUGCUGUUGAUGGUCAGCCUCUCGAUCCCCGGCCUCUUGAUACUUUUAUCAUCAACCCAGGAGAAAGAUACGACUUUGUGCUUAACGCAGAUGAAGUACCUGGUUGCUACUGGAUACGUCUGAUUGGGCUUUCUGAUUGCUACUUUGCUAAGGCCAAUGGUGUGGCCAUCCUGCACUAUGAAGAUGUCUCAUUAGAAAACCUGCUGGAGAUCCUUCCCUUCAGAGAGAAGCUUCUAAAUCCCAUUUUGGAUGAUACUUCUGACAUUUCUGCACAUGGCUGGAAUCACUCUGUCAUUCUGACAGAUGAUAUGAGAUUUGCUCUACAUACCAACUUCAGCGAACAAGUGGUUGACUUCAAGUAUUUUGUUGGUAUGGACUUCAAUAAAAAUGAUAAUACUAAGUACAACAACAAAGAUCUCUAUCCUGUUCAGACUCUUCCACUUUUGAAGUCUCAUUAUACUCCAGUUAUGGACAAUAUUACCUUCAUGCUUCCACCAGUUCCAGUUUUAAGUCAGCCUGAAGACAUGGACUACAGCUGGUUUUGCAAUCGCUCCACCUUACCGGAUCCUGACUACUGUUUCAGUCAGGAUCUUUGCAUGUGCACUCAUCUUCUUAGAGUUCACCUCAACCAGGUAGUUGAGCUGAUUGUGUUUCACGAGGGGCGCGUGUUUAGUGAAAAUGGUCACAGCAUACAUCUUCAUGGGCACAGCUUUCAUUUGUUAGGUCUUGGAAAAAUUGGUAGCUCACUAUCAAGGGCAGAUCUCGAGAACCUGGAAAACAAUGGUCAUCUACGAAGGAAUUUUAUUCAGCCACCUGUACGUGACACAGUCAACGUUCCUGAUGGGGGCUAUGCCAUUCUCAGAUUCAAGGCCAAUAAUCCAGGAUACUGGUUUUUCCACUGUCACACUGACAGCCACCUUCAGCAAGGCAUGGCACUCUUAAUUCAAGUAGGAGAUCACUCUAACCUACCCCCUUUGCCAGCUGAUUUUCCAAGAUGCGGUGGCAUGGGGUUCAGCAAUGCACUUCGAUGGCCAUGCCCUGAUAACCUUUCUGCUGGGGCUAACAAAGUGGUUAUCUUCUUUAGCAUUCAUCUUGUCUCUCUUGUUAUUAUUAUGUUAUAAAAACAUUACUAUGAUUAUGUCAGCCUUUUAACUCAAAGCAAGUGUCAAAAGGUAGCUUGAUCAGCUAUCCUGGAAGUAUUAUGUGUAUUUUUAUGCUGUUUGCUGAUUUCAUUUGAUAUUUUUACAUUUUAGAACUGGGUAAAAAAAAGAGAAAAAUAGUGAUUGACAUAAUGAAGACAAGAAAGUCUGGAUAUGGAUGUAUAUCUCUAGAGUCUGCUUGUUUACAGAGACCAUGCAUCUCUUAGCCUCCCAUGAAGCUGUAGGUUGACAGGUCUCAGCAAACCAUUUGGCAGUUUAAUGUCUGCGAUAAAAUUAUUAAAGUCAACAAUAGACUUGCAAUAAAUUUGUUACUUGGUUACUUUUUAUUUCUUUUUUGGCACUCACCGACCUUUUUUCUCCACAUUUCAUUUUUAUGGCAUCUUUUUACUUGUCUUCUUAAAUGACGUUACAUGAAUGAUGCAAGCCCUUAGAGACAUAAUAUGAAAGCCACGGUACCGUUCAUACAACAAACAAAACCAAACACAACUCACUACAGCAUAUUUCCCAGAGCUCGGUGGACAAGCCUGACCAUGUAUGGAGUGAAAAUUCUAUAAGAAUGUGAAUAACAAUGCACAAGAAACUUGCCUUCUGGGAAAUCCAAAUAGUGUAUGGUCAGCUGUGUUAAUUGGUCUAUUACUAGUAGCUAUAACUUUGCAUUUCCUCAUUUCUUGGUGCAGAGAACAGGAACAAGGUAUUGCCAUGAAAGCAAUUAAUGGAGUGUACAAAGAAUAAGAAAAAGAAUUUGUUAACUGGCCAAGUGACACUGCACUUGUAAUCAAAACAAACUUUAUUGCCAGUCCAAGGCAAUCUAAUACAGAAAUAUUUCUUUUACUCACAAUCACUACACACAUUAUAUAUAUACACACACAUACACACAUAAUGGGCAGACAUAUACAUACAUACCCAUACACGACGUUCAAAACACGCACACCUACACCCUCUCACACAUACACAGGAAUCUCCUAAGAAGGAUGCCAGGUAAUAUGAAAGGCCUCUGAGUCGUUGUGCCUUUUAUUCAGGCAGUUUUUCAUGCACUUGGCACCCUGUAGUGCCUGCCCGAGGGCAACAGCCAAAGGUUUGGAUGGAGAGGGUGUGUUUGGUGUGAAGUGAUAUUAUAUGCCAUCUUUCUGGAAUAUGACUUGAUGAUGGAAGAGACAAAACAAAAGAAAGAAUAAUCAGGCUCUCUCUUCCACACUCUCUAUCACAGACACAGACAGUAUCUUACAUACUGUAAAAGAACAUAUUUAACUAGUAAAGGUCCUGACACAAGCUACAGCGGAGUUCACGAAGGCUAUGAUGUCAGCAAAGAAACUAUCUCAACAGGGAUGUUCUGGCCUGGAUGAGUCUAUAUCUGACCCCAGCAAGCAUGAGACAGAACAGGUCAUUGGCCAGAUGGACAGCAUCUGCCACAACCUUGUGUGCCCUGCACAGGUUGUGCCGGGCAUAGACUUGUACCCACAGGGGUAUUCAAGCGCAUUCACCACUGCUACUUCUUUUUGUUCAUCUUGGUUAUAAAUUGCUGUAGAAGGCAAAAACUAAUGUCAUGAUAGCUAGUCAGAAAGCAUAACAGAUACAUCAGAAACUAUUACAUGACCCUUAUAUCAAUUAUAGUCAGAACAUAUAUCCACACAUCAUAGAAAUUUAUGAACAAUAAAAUAACAUUUAACAAAAGUAUUUUACUUAACAAUGAUGAAUGCUGUCACACAACUUGGAAGAAUGAUUAUGAAGCAGUUGAAAACAAAAUAGAGGGUACUAUGUCUCGGAGCAUUAUGGUCACUAAUGCAUCCCAUACACAAAAUAAAACUAAUGGAAUAGUGUCCAGCAAAAUAAUUACUGUAGUUUAUAUUAAUGGUAAGAGGAAUGUUCAUUACUUGUCAUCAACUAACAGAAAAUAGAUGAUUCGGAAGAACACAGAGUAACACAAUUUAAGCAGUGUUUAAUGUCAUUGUGGAAGCAAAUUUUCAAUGCUUUUUUCACACCAUACAUGCAUCUAAAUAGGGACAUGUAUAAAAUAUGGAACUGCAGCCUCAUUCCAAAACAUCCCAGAUUGUCAAAAUACUUAUGCAAAGUUGUAAGACUCCGUGACAAAAAAAUCAGUCUAAAUACCUUUGUUUUAUAUUUACUUAA